AUGGCUCAGCAACCAUCCCGUCACACCGUGGAAUGGAUCAAGCAGCAGCAGGCUGAAGCGGGGGUCGAUGUCCGAAAGGCGCGUAAGCCACGGAAAAAAAUACCGCACUGGCUGGAUGACUCUGUGCGAAAUGCUCCAUACGCAUUCGAUAAACUCCCUGAGCGAGUUCCAUUACCCGAGUCUCGCGAUGGAUCAUCCACGGUCAGUGACCCUGGAGACAGAGAUGCAAAUGCAGCGAGGUCUUCCCUGGAGGCGAUUGAUCGCAACGAUACCUUCAUCCACCCUUGGUCUAUUCCAUUGCCGCCAUCACCGCCGCAGUCAGUACAACGGCCGGUAGUCAAAGAACCGAAAGGGGAAAAGCCAUCACCGCGGGGACCCUACUAUCGCGUGCUGGACCGCGCAGAAAACGUAUUCGACCACAUUAAGAACGGCAAUAUCCGCAAGAUUCCGCGCCUGGAGAGAACCUCCAUCACGCUGUACGAGUACUACGACGAUAAUACCGCGACGAGGGCGGAGAUUGAGAUCGCUUCAGAGAUCUCCCGCUUCCACGGCAUGCGGGAUGGGCUGAAAGGGCGCGUCUUUCUCGUCGAGGAUCUGUCCAGGGAAACUAUCCAUGCCUUGGGGGAGACGUUUGGGAUUACUCCCGAGUUCUUCGAGGAGCACCUGUUGAACUCGGGGUACAGUGGCGCGCGGUAUGAUGAUCCACCGGCACGGUCUUGGAAGACGGCUCGGUUGAAUAAGCCGUAUGUGUCGAUUCAGUGGUUUCGGCCCGUGUAUCGUCGUCCACCGUUGUUUUCCAAUCGCGACCGGGAAGACCUGCUUAAUUUGGAGGGUGAUGGACUAGAGUAUAUCUCCGGCGAUACGAGCAUUAGUCUCAUAGCCGAGACAAAUAUAUUUCGCUCCGAGUGGGAUCUGCGCGUUGAUCCACGCGGGACGACAAAGGAGAUGAGCGAGUUUGGGUUGGUGGAACGGACGUCGAUUUGGAGAAAGCAAGCCGAGAAUAUGGAGUAUGAAACAGUUGUCGUGUUGCUUGAUCCUCUACCGACGAUCAGCAUCAGCCAUGAUUUGACACUUCUAAUCCCAAAAAAGACUAUGGUCGAACCUGGUGACCGUGAUAAUCAAGGCGCCGGAAAUAUCAGUGGAAGGGAAAGUCGACCAGUCCUGAUAAUUGAGGGUGAUGAUGCCGGCGAGGGUUUUGCAAUUCCGAUCGAAAACCCACGGCGAGAGGAGACGUCACGCCCGGUGUUGGACUGGCUGCUCAGGCGACGCAGACCAGAAGUUGAUAGGAGGAAGGUCAACGUGAGCACGAGCUUCCAGGUUUUGGUCAAGCAGAUGAUCCCCCGAAAAACCAUUACAAUUGAUCUGGAGGAGGCCCUUCUGACAGGCGAUUCCUUGAGCACGCUCCAAGAAGAACUCAACGAGACAAGGUCCACUCGGCAAGCAAUGCAUGAUAUAGCUGGGAUCAAUACAGCGCCCAUACAUGUACUACAAAUCUUGUUUCAGAUCAUUCGCCAAGACACCUCGACUUUGCUCGGGGUGCUCAGCCAGAUCCUAAGCGACAUGGAGGUCGAUAUCCUUGACGACACGAAGAUGGAAGAUCGCCUGGCAUUGUGGCGGCAGCUCAUCAGUAAAGCCGAGCGAGAGCUCUUGGAACUCAAAACAUCAACCAAGAGCUUUGUGGCUUUCUUUGGUUUCACUUUUCCAGCCGAUACCUCUGCAGCAACCUCAGACGACAAUCCAGGCAUUAUAAGGAACGUGGCAGAUCUCUUUCAGGAGAUCGACCAGAUGCUCACCAGACUCCGGCAUGCGUCUACAUCCUUGACAUCCAAUAUGGGUCUCCUAGACAGUCGACGCUCCAUCGACGAAGCGCACGCUGUCACGCGACUCACCGAACUGGCAUUUCUCUUCAUUCCGCUGUCGUUUUCGUCAUCUAUCUUUGGGAUGCAGGUCGAGCCAUUCAAAGACUCGGCCCCGCUGUGGAACUUCUUCGUUGUGGCAAUUACUGUUACAACGUUCGCGUACCUGAUGCGGCUCACAAUGCGCAGCCAAUGGCUGGGAAGUCUGAAGCAGAGCGUGAAGCAGGAUGUUAGACGAUACGCAGAGCAAAACGGUCUGCCAGUGCAAGUACGGUCUCUGUCGAUGCUGCUACUGUUGCAAUGGUUUGGAAGCACAUUGGAGCGGAGCAGCAAAUCAACCUGGUCCUGGAUAGGCAGGAAGGGCCGUACGGCUGGGAUCGGGUUAUGGAGGGUGGUCGGGUUCCCAGUCAGUUUCACCCUGCUUAUCGGCACUGUUGCAGUAGCACCUAUCGCCAUUCUCUGGACCCGGGAUAUCGACCGAGGUGUGCAGGGCGCAGUUACUUUCGUGAUUAUACUUGCCCUCGUAGGCCUUGUGGGUGUACCCUACUGGCGAAGGUCCGAUGCCAACUUUCGCUCUGCUUUCCCGAGACUCGUUAUGCGCCUGCUGAGGCGUAUUCCCCCAUCAACACGCUCGUUACUUCUCUGGGCCAUUGGAAUAGCAGGCUUUGUCGCAAUUCCGCUCGCACUAAUCUGGACACGUCCACUGGCGUCGGGUAUCAAAGCCGGUUUGACUGCGGCCAUCCUGGUUAUUUUGCUACCCUUUGUCUUGUUUCUUGGAUUGAGGGUCUUAUUUUCUAGACCUAGGGCUGUAUCUUCAGACACAGGGGAGAGUUUCGCUUCUGCUUCGUAUCCGUAUGCUUCCUAUGCUUCAUAUGCGACGUCCCUCUCUGAAGCGGCAGUCAGGCAGCCUAGGAGCAGCCACUCUCAGCGUACCAAUAAUCCUUGA